AUGAAGCUCCCUCCUGGUUUUGGAGGUAAGGGGGAGAAUCAGCAUGUUUGCAAGCUCCAUAAAUCGUUGUAUGGCCUCAAGCAAGCUUCAAGGCAGUGGUUUUUGAAACUCUCAAGAGCAUUACAAGCUGGUGGUUUCACUCAAUCUUGGUCAGAUUAUUCUAUGUUCAUUCGAAAGUUUCAAGACAAGAUCACAGUGCUACUUGUAUAUGUAGAUGAUGUAAUUGUUGCAGGGAAUAAUCUACAAGACAUAGAAGCUACAAAGCAGUUUUUAGCAGCACGUUUCAAGCUCAAGGACAUGCGAGCACUGCAUUAUUUCCUUGGGAUUGAAGUGGCACGUCCACCGCAAGGUAUAGUACUUUCACAGGGCAAGUAUGCACGGGAGGUGCUUGAAGAUGCCGGAUUCUUGGGUGCCAAGCCAUCCAAAUACCCUAUUGAUCAGAAUUUGGUCUUAACUAAAGAUGAUGGAGUUUUGUUACAAGAUGUCUCUCAGUAUCGAAGACUCGUUGGUAGGCUCAUUUACCUAACGAUUACAAGGCCUGACUUGGUUUAUGCAGUACACAUUUUGAGUCAAUACAUGGACAAGCCUCGACAACCACAUCUUGAAGCUGCUUAUAGAGUUUUGAGGUAUGUCAAGCACACACCAGGUCAGGGAAUUUUACUACCUUCUCAUGGACGCAUAGAACUUACAACAUAUUGUGAUGCCGAUUGGGCGAGGUGUAGAGACACUAGACGCUCUACAACUGGAUACUGCCUGUUUCUAGGGAAGGCACUGAUUUCUUGGAAGAGUAAGAAGCAAGGAACAGUCUCUAGAUCAAGUGCAGAGGCAGAGUAUAGGUCGAUGGCUAUUACUUGUUGUGAGAUCACCUGGGUAUUGGCAUUGUUGCGUGAUUUACAUGUUGAUCACAGAGAAGCAGUUCAGCUCUUUUGCGACAAUAAGGCAGUAAUCCACAUUGCUUCAAACCCUGUUUUUUACGAGAGGACAAAGAACAUUGACAUUGAUUGUCAUGUUGUGCGCGAGAAGGUUCAAAGAGGGCUUGUGAAGACCAUUCAUGUUCGGACUAAUGAGCAGACAGCAGAUUGCAGAUUUGUUCACAAAGCCUCUUGGUUUGAAGCAAGUUGGGUGUUCUUAACAUACACACCAACUUGA